CCAUUUUAAAAACGGAAGAGAAAGAAUCCCUAGAAAAGAAGGAAUCAAAAAUAAUGUUAAAAAAACGGAGUGAACAGCCUGUUGUGGAGUGGAACUGAGGGUCUGGGUAGAGAGGGCAGGGUCACCUGUACCUAGCUGUCUGUCUAUGAAGAGUAACCAUUCAAUGCAUCAUCCAAUGUACUUCAGUGGAGAGUUCACAGGUGAUCAAAGGGUCCAGGUAGGUUGGGCUGCGUCACCUGUACCCAGCUAUCUGCCUAUGAAAAGUGACCAUUCAAUGCAUCAUCCAAUGUACUUCAGUGGAGAGUUCACAGGUGAUCAAAGGGUCCAGGUAGGUUGGGCUGCGUCACCUGUACCCAGCUGUCUGCCUAUGAAAAGUGACCAUUCAAUGAAUCAUCCAAUGUACUUCAGUGGAGAGUUCACAGGUGAUCAAAGGGUCCAGGUAGAUAGGGCUGUGUCACCUGUACCCAGCUGUCUGUCUAUGAAGAGUGACCAUUCAAUGCAUCAUCCAACGUACUUCAGUGGAGAGUUCACAGGUGAUCAAAGGGUCCAGGUAGGUUGGGCUGCGUCACCUGUACCCAGCUGUCUGCCUAUGAAAAGUGACCAUUCAAUGCAUUAUCCAAUGUACUUCAGUGGAGAGUUCACAGGUGAUCAAAGGGUCCAGGUAGAUAGGGCUGUGUCACCUGUACCCAGCUGUCUGUCUAUGAAGAGUGACCAUUCAAUGCAUCAUCCAAUGUACUUCAGUGGAGAGUUCACAGGUGAUCAAAGGGUCCAGGUAGGUUGGGCUGCGUCACCUGUACCCAGCUGUCUGCCUAUGAAAAGUGACCAUUCAAUGCAUCAUCCAAUGUACUUCAGUGGAGAGUUCACAGGUGAUCAAAGGGUCCAGGUAGAUAGGGCUGUGUCACCUGUACCCAGCUGUCUGUCUAUGAAGAGUGACCAUUCAAUGCAUCAUCCAACGUACUUCAGUGGAGAGUUCACAGGUGAUCAAAGGGUCCAGGUAGGUUGGGCUGCGUCACCUGUACCCAGCUGUCUGCCUAUGAAAAGUGACCAUUCAAUGCAUUAUCCAAUGUACUUCAGUGGAGAGUUCACAGGUGAUCAAAGGGUCCAGGUAGAUAGGGCUGUGUCACCUGUACCCAGCUGUCUGUCUAUGAAGAGUAACCAUUCAAUGCAUCAUCCAACGUACUUCAGUGGAGAGUUCACAGGUGAUCAAAGGGUCCAGGUAGGUUGGGCUGCGUCACCUGUACCCAGCUGUCUGCCUAUGAAAAGUGACCAUUCAAUGCAUCAUCCAAUGUACUUCAGUGGAGAGUUCACAGGUGAUCAAAGGGUCCAGGUAGAUAGGGCUGUGUCACCUGUACCCAGCUGUCUGUCUAUGAAGAGUGACCAUUCAAUGCAUCAUCCAACGUACUUCAGUGGAGAGUUCACAGGUGAUCAAAGGGUCCAGGUAGGUUGGGCUGCGUCACCUGUACCCAGCUGUCUGCCUAUGAAAAGUGACCAUUCAAUGCAUCAUCCAAUGUACUUCAGUGGAGAGUUCACAGGUGAUCAAAGGAUUCACUGCUCACUGGAUUUAAGUCGUUCAGAAGAGAAGAGUUCAGAGAAACUGUCCUCCUCCAAACAGUCUCUCCUGCGCACUCUGAUGAAGCUGAAGAAGACUGAAAAGUUGAAACUGUUUCAGAGCCAUCUGAAUCAGGGUUUCCCAGAAUGGUUUAAUAGUAGAAGAACAGAAGAUCCUUCUGUACUGGAUACGUUUAUGAAGAUGAAGGAAUUGUUCAAGAGUCAUCAAAUUACUGAUUACCCAGAAUGCACUGAGAGAGGGCAGGAGGAUCCUGAGGCCCUUUACAUAGUUGAGAAGAUGCUGGAGACCUGUGGCAUUGAGAGGUCUCUGAAGAUCACACUCCAUAUCCUGAAGAACAUGAAGAAGAAGGAUGUCACUGACCCACUGGAGAGAGAUGAGCAGCACAAUGAAUUCAAAGAAAGAGCCCAGCAGGCACUGAAAACUGCUCUGAAGAAGAGGUUUGAAUGCAUAUUUGAAGGUUUAGCAAAGCAGGGCCACCAAACCCUCCUCAAUGAGAUCUAUACAGAGCUCUACAUCACAGAGGGGGGAAAUGGGGGCGUUAAUGAUGAACACGAGGUCAGACAGAUUGAGACAGCAUCCAAGAGACAAACCACACAUGAGACUGCAAUCCCCUGCAAUAACAUCUUUAAGCCUUUACCUGGACAAGAGAGACCCAUCAGAACUGUGCUUACAAAGGGCAUCGCUGGCAUUGGGAAAACAGUCUCUGUGCAGAAGUUCAUUCUGGACUGGGCAGAUGGAAAAGCCAAUCAAGACAUUGAUUUCAUCUUCACUCUUCCUUUCCGAGAUCUGAAUCUGAAAAAGGAGAGAGAAUUUAGUCUCAUGGAACUUCUGCAGCAAUACUUUCCACAACUGAAAGAGAUCAAAAGUUUUGAAGGUGAUGAAGUCAAAGUUGUGUUCAUCUUUGAUGGUCUGGAUGAGUGUCGACUUCCUCUAGAUUUCCAAAGCAAUGAGAUCUGCUGUGAUAUAACAGAGUCAUCAUCAUUGGAUGUGCUGCUGACCAACCUCAUUAAGGGGAAUCUGCUUCCCUCUGCCCUCCUCUGGAUCACCUCCCGACCAGCAGCAGCCAGUCAGAUCCCUCCUGAGUGCGUCCACCAGGUGACAGAAGUACGAGGAUUCAAUGACCCACAGAAGAAGGAGUACUUCAGGAAGAGAAUCAGAGAUCAGAAAAAGGCCAGCAAAAUUAUCUCACACACAAAGUCAUCCAGGAGUCUCUACAUCAUGUGUCACAUACCAGUCUUCUGCUGGAUUUCUGCCACUGUACUGGAGACAAUGUUGGAUAAAGUAGGCAAUAAAAAAAUGCCCAAAACUCUGACUGAAAUGUACACACACUUCCUGCUCAUUCAGACUAAUGUGAAGAAUGAGAAGUAUCAUGGCACCAAUGAGACAACCCCAAAGAAAAUGUCAGCAUCAAAUACAGAAAUCAUCCUGAAACUGGGGCAGCUGGCUUUACUACAGCUGAAAAGGGGCAAUCUGAUAUUCUAUGAAGAGGACCUUAGAGAGAGUGGCAUUGAUGUCAGUGAAGCUUCAGUGUACUCUGGAGUAUGCACAGAGAUCUUUAAAGAGGAGUGUGGGUUGGGUGAGGAGAAGGUCUACUGCUUUGUGCAUCUGAGCAUUCAGGAGUAUCUGGCUGCUUUGUUUGUGUUUCAUUCAUGUGUGAAUGAGAACAGAAAUGUACUCAGAGCAGAACAAUCAAAACCUCGCAGUGACAGAGUGCAGCUGUCUGAGUUACACAGGACUGCAGUGGAUCAGGCCUUAGCGAGUAAGAAUGGACACCUGGACCUUUUCCUCAGAUUCCUUCUAGGCCUCUCUCUGGACUCCAUUCAGACUCUAUUAGGAGGAAUACUGACAAAGACAGGAAGCAGUUCAAAGAGCAUUAAGGGAGCAGUCCAGUACAUUAAGAAGAAGAUCAAAGAUGAAUCUUCAGCAGAAAGGACCAUCAAUCUGUUCCACUGUCUCAAUGAACUGAAUGACAACUCUCUAGUGGAAGAAAUCAAAAAUUUCCAGAGAUCAGGAAAACUCUCUAAUGAAAAGCUGGAACCACACCAAUGUUCAGCCCUGGCCUUUAUGUUCCUGAUAUCAGAGGAGAUCCUAGAUGAGUUUGACUUGACGACCUACAAAACAUCAGCAGCAGGUUAUCAGAGGCUGGUACCAGUAGUCAGGCACUGCAGGAAGGCCAUACUGAACAGGUGUGACCUCACAGGGAAGUCCUGUGAACUUGUGGCCUCUGCUCUCCAGUCAUCAAACUCAACCCUGAGAGAUCUGGACCUCAGCAACAAUAACCUGAGUGAUUCAAAAGUGAAGCUGCUCUGUGCUGGACUGAUGAGUCCAAACUGUAAACUACAGAGACUGGACCUCAGCUACAAUAACCUGGGAGGUUCAAGAUUGAAGCUGCUCUGUGCGGCACUGAUGAGUCCAAACUGUAAACUACAGAGACUGGACCUCAGCCGCAGUUACCUGAGAGAUUCAGAAGUGAAGCUGCUCUGUGCGGCACUGAUGAGUCCAGACUGUAAACUACAGAGACUGGCCCUCAGCCACAGUUUCCUGGGAGAUUCAGAAGUAAAGCUGCUCUGUGCUGCACUGAUGAGUCCAGACUGUAAACUACAGAGACUGGGGUGAGUAGUGCUGUGUACUGUGUGACCUUAAUUAAAUAGAAUGAGUGAUUAUGGAUCUGUGCAGUGAAAUAUAGGGUUCCCAGGCUUGUGGUUCCUGACCAUAACAUAGGGUUUCAGUGGAGUCUGUAGUAUCAGGUCACAGGUGAUGACUGAAUGCUGAAUGCAUGAUUGACAUUGUGAAAUAUUGACCACUUCAGUACAGGAAUAUGUUUCACGUCUAUCGUAACAUAACAAAAAUAACGUAACAUAACAUAACAUAACAUGAUGAUGAGAAUAGGCCAUUCAGCCCGACAUGCUCACCGUUUUACUACCUACCACUAGUGCUUGGUUUACCUACAAACUAGAUAGUAUCCAGCAUCGUAUCAAGCCCAGUCUUGACAACCCCCAGAGUUCCUGCCUCUACUACAUGACAUGCGCCAAGCUAUUCUACAAAGUGACUACGCUCUGUGUGAAAAAAUACUUCCUAACGUAGGUGCGGAAUUUACCUUUUGCUAAUUUCCUUUUAUGCCCC